GAGGGAGGAAUGAGAAAUUCAGAAAUCAAAAAACCAAAAGCAAACAGAGCAGAUCAAACAAGAAACUAGUAUUUUGUGAAACAAUCUGAGUUCGGUUUUUGAUUAAACAGAGAAGAAAAAGAGCAAAAAUGUCAGAUGCAGUGAUAAGUUGCCACUCUGUGGAUGCAUGGAACCAACAUCUGAAGCAAGCCAAUGAUUCCAACAAACUUAUAGUGGUUGAUUUCACAGCUUCAUGGUGUGGACCGUGCCGUAUCAUGGCACCAUUUUUUGUAGAGUUGUCCAAGAAACUAUCCACCGUUACCUUCCUCAAGGUGGAUGUAGAUGAACUAGAGUCGGUUGCUAGUGAAUGGGAUGUGCAGGCUAUGCCGACUUUCAUGAUCCUGAAAGAAGGGAAAAUACUGGAUAAGGUUGUGGGAGCAAAGAAAGACGAGCUGCAGAGUACCAUUGCCAAGCACGUCAAUGCUGCCUAAUUAAUACUACUAUGUUACUUUCUUAUUUUGCUUGUGAAGGUGUCUGUGGACCUGACCUAGUCAUAUGAUAUAUAUUGAUUUGGCUUUGCUUUAUAUUCAAAACAUACUAGUAUUGGGUGUUGUAAGCUCUUAUAUAUCCUAUAUAAAAGGCAUAUGAUAUAUAUUGAUUUGGCUUUGCUUAAUAUUCAAAACAUACUAGUGUUGGGUGUUGUAA